AUGCACGAAUAAACUUUUUCUAGUGUUAAUUCUAAAACAAAAAUCAAAGAAUGCUUUCAAGAUAUAUAAGAUUAAAUUGAAGUAAAUUAAUUAAUGUUAAACAAUUUAUAGACAUCAUACAAUAAAAUUGAUACUUAUUUAGACUCAGUACUUAGUGAUUCUUUUGAUUUUAUUGAUAUCAAAUCACAAACAUCUCUUUAAACAUAAUAACCUACAUUUUUUAUAGAAAUGCCUUAAAUAAAUUCUGAAAAUAUAAAAUUCCAUCAAGACUUAUCUCCUUAAUUAUUAUAAGUAAUCGAAAUUAAAAUAAAGACUUAAGUAUUGCUUAAGGAAUAAUAUAUAAAAUAUGCACAAUAUUAAAAAAUUACAUAAUUUUCAUAGUUAUUAAAAUAAGAAAUGGAAUAAUAGAAGUUUAUGAUUAAGAGGCAUUUAGAAAAUUUAUAAAGAGAAAUGGUAAGGUAAUAUGAGUAGUAAUUUUUAGAGUCAUAAUAACCAAUAAAUAAAUAAUUAGCAAUUACAUCUGGAUCAUCUUCAUAAAGCAUAAUACCCUUCAAAUAUUAAUUAAUGGAAAAACAUUCAAUUUCAUAAAAUGAAUGGUGUCAUGCUAUUGCAAUUGAUAAAGAUUGUUCAACUUUAGUAGCGGCAUGUGAAUCGAAGAUCAAAGUGUUCGAAUUUAACUAAGGAUAAUUAAAAUAAAUUUAAAUUCUUAGUGGACAUUAGAAUUGGAUAAACACAUUAAAUUUUAUGAAACAAUCAAAUUAUUUUAUAUCAGGAAGUUAAGAUUUUUCAAUUAUUAUAUGGGUUAAAUAAGCAAAUAACUAAUGGAUUUUAAAAUAGAUAUUAAAUGAACAUAGUGGAUCAAUUUUUUGUUUAGUUGUAAAUAAUAAUGAUGAUCUAUUUAUAUCUGGUAGUAGUGAUAAAUCUAUUAAAAUUUGGAACAAAUAAAAUUAAUGGCAUUGUUAAUAAACAAUUAAAGAUCAUUCUAAUUCUGUUCGUGGAUUAAGUUUAAAUUAAUAAUAAAAUAUAUUGAUAUCUUGUAGCAUUGAUUAUUAGAUAUUAAUAUUUGAAAAACUAGAAUAAAAUAAUUAAUGGAUUAUAAAACAGAAAAUAACACUUGAAUAAUAUGGGAAUCGUAUAUGCUUUAUAGAUAAUCAUAUUUUUACAUUUUAAGAAAUUGGUAAGGAAUAAAUGUGUGUUUUUGAAUUGAAUAGUGUUAAUAAAUAAUUCGAAAAGACUAAGGAUAUUGCUGUUAAAUGUGGAUAAGCAUCAGGGGAUAUUAGUUUAUUUCCUUUAUAAUAUAUAAAUUAAAAAUGUCUCCUUGUAAAUAGGAAUGGUGAAUAUAUUAAUUUAAUAAGAAAAAAAUAAGAUGGAGAUUUUAUACUUGAAUAAUCAAUUCUAUUUGAAACAACUGAUAUCUUUGGAAGUAUGACUAUUAAUGGAGAUUAUUUAAUUACAUGGGAUAAAAUAUCAAAAUAGAUACAAGUUAGAAUAUAUACAGAAUAAUGA